AUGCACCCGCCCAACGCUCAAAGUCAUGGGCGCCAGACGCUCGAGUCGCUUUACCCACAGGCACGGAAGCUUCAAUUCGAGCUCAAGAUGCAGAUGAGCUACUUGGGUUCCGGUCGCAUGGGCAGCAAGACGGAUGAGGGGGUGCAGGCUGAAGCUCGUGCGAAUUUGAGCGCGUUGGAGCAGCUGCAGUGGCAAUUGGACUCGCUCCUACAACAGAGUCUUGGAGCCUCCGCUAGGGAUACGUGGACAAAGAAACUGCAGCAGCUAAGGAGCGAGACGCAUGCACUAGGCAGCACCUUAGAGCAACAUCUCUACAGCAUCAGCCGUCGAGCAGCGGAGGCGCGCGAGAGAGAAAGUCUUCUGAGUCGACGCUAUGCUGGAUUUGAUAACGGCAACGGGGCCUUGUACGCCGCUCAAGAGUCGGAGAGUCUGCAGCGAUCUUCGCAAAUGGUCUCGGACUUGACGAGUCUGUCGCAGUCGAUACUGGGAGAUCUCGGCGAGCAACGUAGUCGACUAAAGAAUGUGCGCACGAAGCUGCUGGACAUUGCAAAUCGACUGGGAUUAUCAAGCUCGCUCCUGCGAGUGAUUGAGCGACGUGACACGGUGGACUUUUGGAUCGUGAUGGGCGGCAUGCUCGUGACACUAGCGUUUCUCUUCAUGUGCUAUGCGUAUGUAACGUCCAAUUGA